CAUUGCAUGCAGUCUAUAAAGAAGCAUGGAUCUCUACGAUAAUCUCGGCGUGGUUGGGGAGGGAAGCUAUGGCACUGUGAUGAAAUGCAGACACAAGGAGAACGGCCACAUCGUGGCUAUAAAGAAGUUCAUAGACAAAGAGGACGACAAAAAUAUUAAGAAGAUCGUCACGAGGGAGGUCAAACUGCUGAGGCAAUUCCACCACGAGAACCUGGUGAAUAUGCUGGAGGUGUUCCGCUUCCGGAAGCGUCUGUACUUGGUGUUUGAGUACAUGGACCGCACGGUUCUGGAGGAGCUGGAGAGCAACCCCUGGGGACUGGACCACCAUAGGCUCCGCAAACACAUCUUCCAGAUCCUCCGAGCGGUCGAAUACCUCCACGGCAACAGUAUCAUUCACAGAGACAUCAAACCAGAGAACGUGCUGGUGUCCAACUCUGGGGUGGUGAAGCUCUGCGACUUUGGGUUUGCGAGGACGCUGGCGCCGACCGGGGAACCCUUCACGGACUACGUAGCCACGAGGUGGUACCGAGCACCAGAGCUGCUGGUGGGAGACAAGACUUACAGCAAGCCUGUGGAUGUCUGGGCUGUGGGCUGUCUGAUCAUUGAGAUGUCCACCAGCAUGGCCUUCCUGACAGGCACCUCGGACCUCGACCAGCUCCACAAGAUCGUCAGCAAAGUGGGACCUCUGACCUGCCACCAGCUGGACCUGUACUUCCAGAACCCCAGCUUCGCCAUGGCAACCCUGCCUGAGGCCGAGCCCUCCAGAGACCCACGCAGGAAGUACCACAAGCUUCACCCCCUGGUGGCAGAGAUAGUGGAUACAUGCCUCCAGAUAGAUCCGUCAGACAGGAUGACCUGCUGCCAGAUACUGGGACACCGCUACUUCACCAAGGACCAAUUCCCUGAGAGGUUCAUCCCUGAGAUCCAGGCUCUUCUGGAGAAGGACGCCAGGGUAAACAACAUGCCCCGGAGCCCCUCCAGCCUGCUGCAGAAAGAGCUCGCUACAGACACCUCCCCCAACUCCAGGAGACAAUGGAAGGAGCCAGAGAAGCAGAGGGGUGGGAAGAAGGAGAAGCCGUUCCGGGCGGCCAGGAGGCCAGAGAGGAAGGUGGCCGACAGCCCCAUGAUCCAGACCAGGGCCUCCACCCCAGAGCCCCCCUUGGACAAGGCCUCCACCCCAGCCACCAUCACCAUGCCCCCCAUCAACACCUCCAACUACCGGUACACCACAGGACACUCCUGCCAGGAUCUCAUCAAGGCCAGCAGGGGCAGCGUGACGCCCCGGUGCCGCUGCGCGUGCCGCUGUGCGUGCAGGAAGGCCAAGCGGCUCCCCAGCCCAGCUGACCCGGCCGGGGGAACCAGCCUGGAGCCUGAAGACAACUCCUCUCAGCAAGUGGAGCUGACCUGCCUGGCAAAGAAAAAAGUAAUGUCUGUCAGGGACCUGCGAUUCCCUGGACUUCCUGUCCACCGCCACCAGGUGGAGCUCAAGCUCUCAGAUGUCAAGCCUGCCAAGCAUUCGAGGAAAGAGCAGAGCAAAGAAGAUUCCAGAAUACCUUCAUUAUUGUCUUUCGAUUUCCCAGACCAAGGCAGUAAGUAGGUUCUGAAAAAGCAACUCGGAUGAGCUGCGCCGUCCUGUUAAUCUGACAAUAAACUCAGUGAUCAAACACUGAACAUAUAUAGAAAAUCGCUGCUGACAAUAAAUGUUCUGGAUACGUUUCCAGUUUGAUGCAGUGCUUUCUUACGUAGCUGCAACCAACAUUUUUUUAUUUAUUAUUAUGAAUAAAGAA